AUGCCCGCCGCGACGACGACGACGACGACGACGCGCGCUUACCGCCACGAGGACGCGCACGGCGAGGCGAGGCGCGACGUCGCCGCCCGCCUGGCGCUCGCGCGCGAGCGCCUCUGCUCAUCGCGGAGGAGCGAACCGAUGGCGUCGUCGACGCGGCGACGCGACGACGACGAAGAAGAACGCCUCGACGACGACGCGUUCCGCGCGCGCGCGUACCCCCCCGGGUACGCGCCGUUCAACGACGACGACGACGACGACGACGAGCGCCUCGCGCUCGAGGCGCGCCUCGAGGAGGUGGAACGACGCGUCGCCGAUCUCCGAGCGCGCGAGCGCGACGAGAUCGCGAACGCGAAUAAGCGCGCUUGGGCCGAGCCCGAUCCGUCGCGCGACGACCGCGAUCCGUACGGGACGCGCGCCGCGGAGGACGCAGAAUCCGACGACGUCGGCGCGGCGCUCCUGAAGGCGCAGAAGGCGCUGGAGGAGGCGCGGAAAGCGCGCGACGACGCGGAGGCGUGCGCCGAGGCGGCGGCGAGAGAACGACUGAUUCGCGAGCCGCUCCUUCACGACGGCUUCGGCGGCGCGUCGCUCGGGGUGCGUUCUUUACACUGGUCCCCAUACGACCGCGUUGGCGUGGUGAACGCCGAUCCUUAA